CCGCACGUGCGGCUGCACCGACAUCGACCUGGACCAGGCGCGCGGGGACGCGGUGUGCACGGCCUGCGGGGCCGUCCUGGAGGACAACAUCAUCGUGUCCGAGGUGCAGUUCGUGGAGAACAGCGGCGGCGGCUCCUCCGCCCUCGGACAGUUCGUCUCCCUGGACGGUCCUGGAAAAGCGCCCACGCUUGGAACAGGCUUUCACACCAGCCUCGGGAAGGAAUCGCGAGCGCAGACCUUACAGAACGGUCGGCGGCAGAUCCAUCACCUCGGCAAUCAGCUACAGCUCAACCAGCAUUGCCUGGACACCGCCUUCAACUUCUUCAAAAUGGCCGUCAGCAAGCACCUGACCCGCGGGCGCAAGAUGAGCCAUGUGAUCGCAGCCUGUCUCUACCUGGUCUGCAGGACGGAGGGGACGCCUCACAUGUUGUUGGAUCUCAGCGACCUGCUCCAGGUGAACGUCUAUGUGUUGGGCAAGACCUUCCUGCUGCUGGCCAGGGAGCUGUGUAUAAAUGCACCAGCUAUAGAUCCAUGUCUGUACAUCCCGAGGUUCGCACACAUGCUGGAGUUUGCGGACAAGACACACGAGGUGUCCAUGACGGCACUGCGGCUGCUGCAGAGGAUGAAGCGGGACUGGAUGCACACGGGGCGACGUCCGUCAGGGCUGUGUGGAGCAGCGCUGCUGGUUGCUGCCAGGAUGCACGAUUUCCGCAGAACCGUCAAGGAGGUCAUUCGUGUGGUGAAAGUCUGCGAGUCCACACUCAGGAAGAGACUGACAGAGUUCGAGGAGACGCCAACCAGCCAGCUAACAAUUGAGGAGUUUAUGAAGAUCGACCUGGAGCAGGAGUGUGACCCUCCGUCCUUCACCGCGGGCAAGAAGAAGAUCAAACUCCAGCAGCUGGAACAGGAACUGGCCAAGAAGCUGGAGGAUGUUGAAGGUGAGAUCACCAUCUACCAGGACGAGAUCGAGACAGAGCUGGAGAUCAGCCGGCCCAGGUUCCGGGGCAUGUACGCCAAUUACGCCAAAGGAGAUGGGCUGGGGGAUGGGGUGUCGGUGACCUCCAGCGCACCGGGUGAGGAUGAGGAAGAUGAAGAACUAGCGGCGGCUGCGGACCACCUGAACAAGGAGUUUUACAGCGAGUACGUGGAGGAGCCCCCCAGCCCGGAGACCGCCCGGCCUGAGUCCCCCCUACCCAAAGCCCACGACAUCAGCUCCCUGCUCGGUCCCCUCCCCACCGCGGCCAGCCUCGGCCUGCAGGAGUCCAUCCAGGAGUGUAUCGCUGGCGAUGAGGGGGAGGCCGCCGAUGCUGACAAGGGGGAGCUGGACCUGAACGGCAUUGAUGACACUGAAAUUGAAAGGUACAUCCUGAACGAGAAGGAGGUGGAGGUGAAGACGGAGCUGUGGCUGAGGGAGAACGCAGACUACCUGAAACAGCAGAAAGAGAAGGAGGAGAGAAUAGCCAAAGAGAAGGAACUCGGCAUCUUCAAAGAGCAGAAGCCUCGGAAAUCAUCUAAGAAGCGAGAGCCCAUCCACGCGAGCACAGCGGGGGAGGCCAUUGAGAAGAUGCUGGAGCAGAAGAAGAUCUCGAGUAAGAUAAACUACGACGUGCUGAGAGAUCUGAACAGCAAAGGGAGCAGCACGCCGGGGCGAGAGGAGAGCCCGACCAGCGAGAGCCCGGCCAACAACCCCAGGAAACCGGGGGGCCAGCGCCGGACCCCCAGCACUGCCCGCAGCCUCGCUGGCCCUGUCAGUAACCUGGGCAAGAGACUCCGGCCUCUGAUUUCCGCAGGACCUGCAAAGAAAGCGUCACUUAACCAGGGCACUGGUCUGGCUGUGGAGGAGGGAGAGGGGGUGACGGAGCCGGUGCUGGUGGAGAGUGGCCCCGUGGUUUACACCAACGACGAGGAGGUGGUGGAGGAGGAGGAGGAAGAGGAAGAGGAGCCCUGUGUGAGCGCGCUCCAGCUGAUCGGAGGCAACGACUACGGCUGUGAAAUGGAAGAUGAGGAGGGAUUCUAGGAAGCUCUCGCCACUUCCCGAAGGCUGUCAGAAAGUGGGAAGCGGAUCCAGGCGGAAUAUUACUCAGGAUUGGCCGGGAUCUGCCUACUCCCGGGCUCCCCGGGGACCAGCUUUCUUAUGGAGUGGGAAUGGUGCCUGGGGACGGUGUGGAGGCUGAGGGUGGGACUGACAGGGGCUGGGCUCUGGCUGGGCUCCGAAUCUGUGGGUUUGUGUCUCGCUCCGCACUCGAGGAGCCGAGAGCAGGACAGUGUGACAGGCAAUCGUACAGAUUUAAUGUUGUUUGAUCUGUUUUGAGAAGAAAAUCUUAUUUAUUUCAGUUAUGCCCAUUUUAGGUUUCCGGGAGGUUGCUGCCAUGGGGUGAGGCUGACAGGACAUGGAGGCGGGUGGUGGUGGGGGAGACUCUUACAGGAGGAGGGAGAGAAACCCUCACGGGCGGAGAGAAAGACCCUCACGGGGAGAGAGAGAGCGACCCUCACUGGGGCGGG